CCUGUUUUGCUUGCCCAUCACCCAUCGAUGGGCGCUUGGGUUGCUUCCCCUUCUUGGCUAUCGUGAGUAGUGCUGCUGUAAACAUGGGUGUACAAACAUCUCUGAGUCUCUGCUUUCAUCUCUUUUGGGUACGUACCCAGAAAUAGGAUAUAGCUGUAUCAUAUGGUAAUUCCAUGGUUAAUUUAAAUUUCCUCAAGUCCGGCUGACCCACUUUUCUCCCCCUUCCCAACUUUCUUUUUACUUGCUGCCAUUUUUGGAGUAGACACUUUGAAAACAGACUUUCACAAGCUACUUUAUGUCAUAGAUUAGCAAGGAAAGUAUUUGAGUCGGCAGCCUGCAACCCAAAUUCGGCACUUAGAAAGCAGCUGUGGGCAGCACGGUUUGCUGUGCUAACUUUAACCAUCUUGGGUAGGACGGCGUUAAUGCUGGUCUUGGGUAGGAUGGCGUUAACACUGGUGAGUUUUUCUAGGGGGAAGGAUCCGUGGUUCUGCAUGUACACUGGCCUUAAUGCUGUUUUAAGGGCACUUUCCCUGAUGACUUAUGGGAAGGUUUAUGGAACAGUCAGAGUAUGUGGAAUUGUUCCGAGCCACUGUUUAAAAAAAAAAGAUUUUUCCAUCAUGUGAAAAAUACUGAACAUUUCUUGAAGGAGCAGUUGGGUCAGAAUGACAUUGUUCCGCUUCGGUGAAUUUAUUAUCUUCUGGGAACAUUAAGAAAAACCCACUAAGCAUUGCUGUAUUUAUGAGCACUGCAUCAUGCUUUUGCUGUUCUUCUGAUUGCUAGUGGCGUUCCUGUGGAUGGUUUGUCUGCUCGUGCAGGGUCAUCUCUUGUGUGGUAUUAUCAGCACCUUUUCUUGACACGAUGUGCAGAGAUUCUUGACAGUUUGGUCAUCCUGGCUAAAAACCUUAGAAUCGCUUGGAAGUCUGAGCAGGUGCUGGGACGUGGUGCGUUGUCUCUAGCAGGUCGGAGGAUCGCUGGGCUCAGAUGCGAAAGUCAUCCACUGGGUCAGCAGAUGCUGUGGGGCAACACUGCUGCUUCAGUGUGCUGCAGGCCGCCGGGGCACACUCGGACGCGCCUUGGGUCUGUGCCCUGCGUCUCACCGGCAGAGUGUCCACGUGUAUCACAAAAGUGCGCAGUUCAGAGAAGACUACCCCGCGCCCCACCCGUACCCCGGCUCCCAAACUGUCUCGUCAACAAGGCAGCAAGAGGUGCAUCUCAUCUAUCCCGUGCGCUGGUCACUGCUGGAACCGGGAGAGGACCUGUCCUUUAGCAUCACAUAGGAAACAAACCGAGGCACCAGUCUUGUGCGGUGACGGUUUUGGAGUGCCUGGUUGGUGCGAGGGAAGGACGCUGUUUAUGGAGAGCACACGAGAUGGUGACAGCCACUGUGGUCGUCAGGAAGGCCACCUGGCUGUGGUGGACAUCCCAGAGCAGACGGGGAAUCAUGAAGACAGCUCGUUGUGGAGCAGAGCUCUUCUCAAGAGCACAGAGUACGGCGUUUGUGAAAACUUGCGGAAGCUGGAGAUCACGGGCGUGUCUUGUCGAGACGUCUACGCGAAGUGUAUAAACCCUCGUGUGAAGUCGGGCCGUUUCAUGAAAAUUCUUCCCGAUUACGAGCACAUGGAAUACAGAGAUGUUUACACCUGCCUGCUUCACCGAUACAGACACAUUUUGGGACUGUGGCAGCCAGAUAUCGGGCCGUAUGGAGGACUGCUGAACGUGGUGGUGGAUGGCUUGUUCAUCAUUGGCUGGAUGUACCUGCCUCCCCACGACCCUCAUGUGGACGACCCGAUGCGGUUCAAGCCCUUGUUCCGAAUCCACCUGAUGGAGAGGAAGUCGGCCACGGUGGAGUGCAUGUACGGCCACAGGGGGCCCCACAAUGGCCACGUCCAGAUCGUGAAGAAGGACGAGUUCUCCACCAAGUGCAACCAGACGGACCACCACAGGAUGUCUGGUGGGAGGCAGGAGGAAUUCCGCACGUGGCUGAGGGAAGAAUGGGGGCGGACGCUGGAGGAUAUUUUCCACGAGCACAUGCAGGAGCUCAUCCUGAUGAAGUUCAUCUACACCAGUCAGUACGACAACUGCCUGACCUACCGCCGCAUCUACCUCCCGCCCAGCCACCCGGACGACCUGAUCAGGCCUGGCCUCUUCAAGGGCACCUACGGCAGCCACGGCCUGGAGAUCGUCAUGCUCAGCUUCCACGGGAAGCACGCCAGGGGCACGAAGAUCACGGGUGACCCCAACAUCCCUGCCGGGCAGCAGACAGUAGAGAUCGACCUCAGGCACCGCAUCCACCUGCCCGACAUUGAGAGCCUCCGCGACUUUAACGAGCUCUCGCGCAUCGUCCUGGAGGUACGCGAGCAGGUGCGCCAGGAGCAGCAGCAGGAAGGUGGGCCCGAGGACGCCGCGGGCCUCGGCCGGCAGAGCCCCCAGCCCUGCGCGGAGCCACCCGCCGAGCAGGCCAAGGGGCCCGGGGAUGGAGGGGCCGAGGCCGCGGCUGAGCCGCCCGCCCAGUCGGGGCAGGGGCAGCCGUUUGUGCUGCCAGUGGGCGUGAGCUCGAGGAACGAGGAUUAUCCCCGGACCUGCAGGAUGUGUUUCUACGGCACGGGCCUCAUCGCCGGCCACGGCUUCACCAGCCCCGAGCGCACCCCUGGGGUCUUCGUCCUGUUCGACGAGGAUCGCUUUGGGUUCAUCUGGCUGGAGUUGAAGUCCUUCAGCCUGUACAGCAGGGUCCAGGCCGCCUUCCGGAAUGCGGACGCCCCGUCCCCACAGGCCUUCGAGGAAAUGCUCAAGAACAUCCAGUCCCUCGCCUCCUGAUGGCCCACUGCCCCGCGGCGGGCGGCCCGGGCUGGGAGGGCAGCAGUGUGCGCUCAGGAGACGCGGCCUCUGACCGGAACACCCACCUCCUCGUAGGAGCCUCUGCGCGGCCUCCCCAGACGCUUUCCGUGGAUGCCCACAUAUCUGCCAGUAGCAAUGGGAAAGCUGAGCAUGUCUGAAACAAACAACAGAACCAGAACAAACCGCCUUAGAGGACGGGCUGCAGGGCACGUAGGUGACUGAACUGGAGUAGUUGGCCAUUUUCUAGGGAAAACAAAAUCCUCCUCCAGGGAGGUUCACAACGCAACAGAGUCUGUUGCCUCCAGCCGAUAGAAGGGGUCAUGGGUGAGGUGUGUGGGCUCCACCAUCCCCUCUGCAGGAAGUGAGCCAGAGGGCCUUGGUGCCUUCGACACAGCCUGGGCAGGUGGGGCACUGUGUGUGGAAUAAGGGCUCCAGGGAGUCGGGCUUGGGACCUACUUCUCUACCGACUUGCUUGGAUUUUGGACAAAGGCAUUUCACCCUGAUCUCAGUUUCCAAAUCAGUGGAAUGGGGCCAGUGAUACGGGUCACUAGGGAACGCCACUGCAGGCCUUCCAGCAGCUCGGAGGCCCUGCAAGCACCGCCCGACCCCGGUCCCUGCGGUGCGGUGUGCCUGCCCGGCCUCUCAGGCUCUAGAGCCUAGACCUUCACUGCAGCAGUUCAGACAGGCAUUCACUUAGUUCACGCCUUGCCCCUGCCCCGCACUCACUGCUGUCAGACCCUGAGCUGCAGCCGCUGGUCUCAGAACCAGGACAGGGCACCCUCUGAGAUGACCUGCGUCUGUUCCUCCUGCUUGCUUUACACAGGUGCCGCUCUGAGAGGGGCGAAGCAGCAGAAGGGGUUGUGCCAGGUGAGCGUGACGUCCCUUUGCGGGGGGUGGGGGGCUUUCUGGACGCUGCACGUAGGGAGCGCACUUUGGAGACCAGGACCCUCAGGGAGCCUCCAGCAUGCAGACCCUCCCGCUGGCAUCGUCCCUGUGUCACGUUGACCCCUUCAUUUGGGGACCCCUGUGAGCUCGCUCUGAUCUUGCUGUCUCCUGAAGAGCGGAGCCCCACGUGCCUGUGCACAGACCUGCUGGAGUUCUGUUCAGCCCUCCCUCCAGGCUGCACCUGCCUACCAGGGCAUGUGGCUUCCCGGGGUGGACGGACUCUGUUCCUUCCCAGUUGCUCGUCCUUGUCGGCUGGACUGCGCUGAGCCCUCACACUGGGGGCGGGGGCCCCAGGGAAGGGGCAGCUUUGUGGUGCCUUUAUGUAGAGACCAACCUGAGGUGUCCCAUGAAACGUGGCCUGUGUCUCGUGAUAGCGUUCUCCCUGACCAGCCCUUUUCUAAAACAACCACCCCCCACCACCCCUGCUUCAGCACAUUUGGCGACCCUGGCCUUCCUUUGCUCCCAGAAUCACAGAAGCAGCAAGCUCUGUGCAUGGCCUUGAAGCGCAGGCUGGGCCUCCCCGGAGGCUCCGUGGGGCUGCCCUGGGCAUGCCGGGCACUGUCGGCCGUCUCGUCCGAGGCACGUAGGCCCCCCUCCCAGACCCUUCCAGCAGGACCCGGGGUCGGGUGGGAACGUGGUCCCAGCUCCCGCGUCUCUCGAAGGACUGAGCCUCAGAGCCUGAGGCCGCUCCCUCCCUCUCACAACGUGGCUGUUCUUCUCUCGUGCCAAGCAUGGCCGUCCCCAACGGUGACGACUGGCCGCAAAGCCUUGAGGACCGUGAAAACGGAGGACAGCUGGGCUAGGCUGUUCCUCUCUAGAUUUCAUCAUUGUUUAAAUAAAAUCAAGAAAAUGCGUAUUUUACCCAGAGCCAAGGGACCGUCUCCCUCUGAGGCCCCCAGUGUUGCAAAGCGCACACAGAUCGAAGACGAGCACUUCUGAUUAAAAACCAGUCUCAAACCAAAUGCCGUUCUGCCUCUAGUGUCUGGCCUACGCAUGGUUUCCACUAACAGUGACUAAAAUAACCCUGGUCUCUUGGCCGCGUUCACGUUGGCCUCUGUCUGGUGUCAGGCGGGGCCCCUGGGCCUGUGGGUGGGGUCUGUCUGGCUGGCAGUGGCCGGGGUGACGCCAGGCAGGUCAGCAGCAAUGAAGGGUGAGGGCUUGUCAUCCGCACAGCCGGUCAUGCAGAGGUCCCCCAGUGUGACCCGUGCUCAGCCAGCUCUUGAUGUCAGUAGGUGAGGUGUAGGGACAGUGGCGGUUCUGUGCACAAAGCCGGCACUGGCCGCCCCCUUCCUGGCAGACGGUCAACCGGCUCAGGAGGGGAGCUUCCAACCAGUUAACUUGUAGGCGAGGAUUCAAAAAGGCUGACGUCGUUGUCCGAGGCCUCAAGGCAACCGGGCUUUUGAAAAAGCAGGUUCCAGUGGUGCACUCGACCCAGGUUAGGGGCUGGCAGCGUCCACGUGGGGCUUGAUCUGGGGGUGGUGGGUGGACCUCGGAGGGUCUUUAGAUGUUUCCCAUGGUUGGCACCGCCUUCACUGCCACUUUGCUGCCGUGAGGUUGGGGAAGGAAGCUCAGGUGCACCUCUGUGUACCUGGGCGGGCUCCACGCUCUGCUAGUCGAUUGGAAAUGAUGUGAUUGGAGAUGUCAGACACGGGUCACUGGCGAUUUUCCCUGUUGGGGCUGAGCGUUUUUUGCUGUGAGGCUGUGGGAAAUGACCUUACUUUUUGGCCGUGGGACGUGGGCCUGGCCCCUCCUCCAAUACAGUCCAGCUCACUAUGGCUGGUGCUCACAGCCACAGCCGCCCUGCUCUGCCCCUUGCCCCCUCCUGCCCCGACACCAGGCUGCUCAGUGCCAGGUGCCUGCGUCCCUGGCCAACGCGGAGGGCGGGAGAGUGCACAGCGGUCUAACUAGCUACAUUCCCGCUUCCUGCAGAACAAGCGCAGGGGUGCAGUUGUCCUGCCAGACUUUCUAACUGAGUUGUUUCCAGAUGACCAGACCCCUCCCUCAGCCAGCUGCCCUCUCGGCCUGACACCUUCAGGGCUGGUUGCAGUGUGCGGGUUGCCCAGGUUGCACAGCUGCUGCUGUGAGGACACUUCAGUGCUUGUGAGCUGAGCUGAAGAGGAUCAGAAACCUGCUCAGCCCUUUGUCAUUCGGGGAAUUUCCUAAGCUCCUUGUGACCACGGUGUCUCGAGUGUAGACUGGGAGCACCUGACUGUGACUCAGUAGCCAUGUUCUUUUGGAUACUUUCAAGAAGGCCUACGGGAAUGUUCUCAUAUAACCCUCACCUGCCUUGAGGAUAAGAUGACCCAAUUCAUGGUCCAUCCCAGUGUUAACGUAGGCCAACUUCUCUGUCUUUACUUUUGGGAGAAGAUCUGAAGUGUAAUUUGUAUGUUCUCAGAACAAUUUAGAGACAGGAGAAAGCCACAAUGCCGUCAGUUUGCCUGAUGCCGUGCAUGGGAACCAUACGGAGCGGUGUCGUUUACAGCUGGGUGGCCUGCAGGCCAGCCUUCCGUGGGGCCAAGGUGACCAGCAGUGGCACCUGAGGCUCGGACAGAAAGGCAGCCCCUCUUCUGGGUCCUUUCUGUGCUCGCCGGGAGACCAGCCAGAGCACGUGAAGGGAUCAGAACAUUUUGCUUUUUUAGCUUAAUUCAGUACUUUUGGUGGUUGUUUGAGAUCAUACAGUCCGCUUGGAGAAGAAAAACUUUCAUCCUGUGUGAUCUUGAAACCCCACCCCGUGAGUGAGAAAGACAAGAGUGGAGAUGGAAAGAGUUGUGGUCGCUCUCAGGCAUCCGCUCGGGCUUGCCAGGUGCGGCUGGGGCAGGGCCAGAACCCGAGGAAGCAGCUGCCGUGAGCCUGGGCCCCGGCUUGUGACCCGGACACGACAACCAUGCGGGGUUGUUUCUCCAUAAAGCAGCUUCUGAAAUCUUA